AUGGUGGUGACCCGGAAUAAUGAUAGUGAUAGUGAGAGUGAUAGUAAUGAUAACGAUGGCGAUGUUAGGGGAAUCACAGUGAUAUCACGGAGACAACGACAAUGGCUCUCUGAUAGCUGCAAACUGCAGCAGCUUUCAGGAGUUAAAAGCAGUCGGAGGAGGAACUAUCGGUUCUUUUGUUUAUCACUGCUGAAAGCUGAGAGUGAGGAAGAGGAGGGAGGCAAGCCCGAUAAUGGCUUUCGAUGUCCCGGAUGGAUCGCUGGAACAGAUCAUCACCACUUUCCCAAACAUCGGCGCUAA